AGUAAUAGAAACACUCCGAUUAUCAUGUCCUCUCUUAAAAGUUUAAAAAUCAAGAUCCCAGUCAAGCGUCCAAGGGAGUCAUCAAGUGUCAACGAAGGUGUCAACCUGCCCGAGAUCGCCUUAGCUGCCAUAGUCCCUUCCAGGCGCCAGAAGGAAAUCCAUGGGUUUAUUAACUUCCUUCUCCAAGUGUUAGAGAGAAACUCCACCUGGCUUAAUAACGUCCUCAGUGCACAGCCUCACUUCAGGUGUGCCUUCAUGCUUGGUGCCGGACCUAACCGCUUCCAAAUCAAAGACAUCAUCUACCCUUCCGAAAACCAGAACGUCAAACUCCAAAUCGAACUUAAAGACUCCGAGGAUUUAGACAAAAUUGCAAUCGCAGCAAUAUUCAAGUUAAACAAUUCUGAAAUCCAGAAAAUCUUGGAGUACAUAAAAACUAAAUUGUAUGAUAACAUUUUUCUCAAAGACGACCUGCUGGAAGGCAAAUCUAUGGGGAUCCAGUACGCCCUUUUGAGACCGUUCACUGAUAAACAGUACCGUGUUGCAGAGCACAUCGUGGUCGGCACUACAACGAAGGGUAUGUUACCUAUUCAUCUUCGCGAUGACUCACCCAAACCUCCACCAGCAAAGAAGAACAAACCAGAAAAAAGAAAAGUACGGGAACGUGUUGAACGUGUGGUGUACUAA